AGCUCGCUUUGCGGAAGUGGCCUGGAGAGAAAGCGCGCAUCCGACGGGAAAGUUCAUUAAAGCCACAGCAGUGUUCGAGUGAGCUGAGGACGCGCAGCGCACCAUGGCGGCUCCUGACAAAAACCCCUUUGUGGAUCCUGUGGAUAUCAAUCCUUUCCAGGAUCCUUCAGUCACUCAGGUGACCGGCAGCGGCGUAGAGCGUCUCGACGAAUACAACCCGUUCACCGAAAGCACCCUGAGUAUCCAAAACAGCACCACCAUCCCUAUCUCAGCAGCGCAGUCCCAGCCAGCAGUUCUUCAGGCAUCGGUGAGCCCCAGUCCACAGGCUAGUGCCCAUGCCGACCUGCUGAGACAGCAGGAGGAGCUGGAAAGGAAGGCGGCUGAGCUCGAUCGUAAAGAGCAGGAGCUGCAGAAUAGAGGAGCCACUACAGAUAAAGAAAAUAACUGGCCACCCCUUCCGCGGUGCUUCCCAAUAAAGCCGUGCUUCUACCAGGACUUUGCUGUAGAAAUUCCUCCUGAGUUCCAGAGAGUCUGCAAGAUGAUGUAUUAUCUCUGGAUGUUUCACUGUGUGACGCUCAUCCUCAACAUGCUCGCCUGCCUGGCUGCCUUCACUGUGAACUCCGCUAAAGGCGUGGACUUCGGACUGUCCAUCCUCUGGUUUAUUCUCUUCACCCCGUGCUCUUUCCUCUGUUGGUACAGGCCAGUGUAUAAGGCCUUCAGGUCCGACAGCUCUUUCAGUUUCUUCUUCUUCUUCUUUGUCUUCUUCUUCCAAGUGGUGGUCUAUAUCAUUCAGAGCGUGGGCAUCCCCAGCUGGGGGAACAGUGGUUGGAUCACCUCCAUAUCAAUGAUCCGUUCAAACUUGGGCGUGGCCGUCGUGAUGAUGGUGGUGGCCGGAUUCUUCACAAUGUGUGCUGUGCUCGCCAUCAUCCUCCUCAAAAUGGUUCACUCCAUGUACCGGCGAACGGGCGCCAGCUUCCAGAAGGCCCAGCAAGAGUUCUCAGAGGGUGUGCUGACCAACAGAACCUUCCAGACAGCCGCCGCCACUGCAGCCACUUCUGCCGCCCAAGGUGCCUUCCAGAGGAACUAGAGCCAAGCCAGCGUUCCCCUGUGGACCUUUAAGAGUGUCGUUCUGCUCGUUCUCCUCCUCUUCUGGCUCUUCCGUCAGCUCCGAGAACAUCAGACGGGAGACCUUCCCAGGGUGCGUAGUACACGCUUGUGUGUUCCUUGCCUCAAACAUGCUGGUCAAGGCUUGGAGUGAAGCCCUUGCUCUUUAGUCUGCAUGGGUGCAAUAUCAAAAUUUAAUUUUUUUCGGGUCCCGUUAAGUGAUGUGGAAAACUUGAAAGGGGUUCUUGGUUUACUUUUAUUUGUGUUAAAUUUCUCCUGUCUUCUAUUUGCAAUACGGUGGUCUUUGGGAAAUGAAAUGUCAAAGAUAGGGCAGCUAGUCCAUUAAGAAGUAACUGUUUCAGGAAAGGAAGCAUAAUUUACAGCAUUGCUGUAAAUAUUGGUGAUGAAGGCACUAAUUUUGAAGUAAGACUUUUAUAAUGGUUUGGCAGUUGAUAGACACUAAAAUCUGAAGAUGGACUGUUUUAUUUGCUGUUGCCUUCCUUUAAAGCAGGAAUUGGUUUUUAAACUAUAAUGAAAACAUUACCAAAAAUAAACGAACAAGUUUUCCAGCUAGGAGUAUUUCUUUUCCGUAAUGCAGAUGCUUUUUAGUAUGUCAUUUAUACACAUUUGUGCAUGUGUCACAUACAGUUUUCAGCUACAUGAAGUCUAACAUGGAGCUUUCCCUUGUGACAAUCACAAAAUGAAACAAAUGUGGAAUAAAUUUAUGCUGCCUAGAAUUUUAAGCGUAUUGUACAGCUA